CCUGUGCCGGCAAGGUGGGGGCAGCCACUCACAGCUCCACACUUCUCCUCCUUCCCUUAUGCAGCAAGGCUCCCUCUACAAUCCGAUUACAACACAGGAAGUGAAUCGGUUCUGGGCUGUUGCCAUCAUCGCUCCCAAACGGCCUCUCUGCAUCUCGAAUCGUGCCGGGGAGAAGGCAGCUGUUGUGGAGAGGCGACCACCACCACCCCGUGCUCACCGAGGGCCGCCGUACCUGCUCCGAGUCACAGGCUGCCGCCUCUGUCCUCCUCAAAGCGUGUGAGUCCCUUAGCGUCCCGGCAGGAUGAUAGCCGCACAAGUUUUGGCCUAUUUCUUCACAGAAUUGAAGGCCGACCAAGUUAAAAAGAUCGACAAAUAUCUAUAUGCAGCACGCCUCUCAGAUGAAACUCUACUUGAUGUGAUGGCACGGUUCAGGACGGAGAUGGAGAAAGGACUAGGAAGGGACACUAAUCCAACGGCAACAGUCAAAAUGUUGCCCACUUUUGUUAGAUCAACUCCGGAUGGAUCAGAAAAAGGGGACUUCCUUGCUUUGGAUUUGGGAGGGUCCUCUUUUCGAAUUUUGCGCGUGAAGGUGUCUGACGAGCGACAGCAGAAGGUGGAGAUGGAAUCCCAGAUCUAUCCUACUCCGGAAGAUAUCAUGCACGGCAGUGGGUCACGGCUGUUCGAUCACGUCGCUGAGUGUUUGGGAGACUUCAUGGAGAAGCAAGGUAUAAAAGACAAAAAGCUUCCACUUGGCUUCACCUUUUCCUUUCCCUGCAGACAAACCAAACUGGAUGAGGGUGUUCUCAUCACAUGGACAAAAGGAUUCAAGGCAAGCGGAGUAGAGGGAUCUGAUGUGGUGAAGCUGCUGCGCAAGGCCAUCGACAAGAAGGGGGGCUAUGAUGUUGAUAUUAUGGCUGUGGUGAAUGACACUGUCGGCACCAUGAUGACUUGUGGAUUUGAUGACCGGCGCUGUGAAGUUGGCCUCAUUAUUGGUACUGGAACUAACGCCUGUUACAUGGAGGAGCUGCGACACAUUGACCUGGUGGAAGGUGAUGAAGGGCGUAUGUGCAUUAGCACAGAGUGGGGGUCGUUCGGCGAUGACGGCUUGUUGGAAGACAUCAGGACAGAAUUUGAUCGGGAGUUAGAUCGUGGUUCCCUCAAUCCUGGAAAACAGCUGUUUGAGAAGCUGAUCAGCGGGAUGUACAUGGGGGAACUUGUGAGGCUCAUCCUCGUAAAGAUGGCAAAGGAAGGGCUGCUGUUUGAAGGAAACAUCACACCAGAGCUUCUUACCAAAGGCAAAUUGGAAACAAAGCACGUAUCUGCUAUUGAGAAAAGCAAAGGAGGUUUGGCGAAGGCCAGGGAAAUCCUGAUGCGCCUGGGGCUGGAGCCCUCAGAGGAGGAUUGCAUUGCUGUCCAGCACGUUUGUACAAUUGUUUCCUUCCGCUCGGCCAACCUGUGCGCUGCCGCUCUCGGGGCCAUCCUGAAUCGCCUUAAAGACAACAAGGGGGUGCCACGGCUGCGGACCACCGUGGGCAUGGACGGAUCGCUGUAUAAGAUGCACCCACAGUUUGCCAGGCGCCUCCAGAAAACGGUGAGACGCCUGGUUCCUGACUGUGAUGUCCGAUUCCUGCUUUCGGAGAGCGGCAGUGGGAAAGGGGCUGCCAUGGUGACCGCGGUGGCUGAGAGGCUGGUGUCACAGCGCAAGGAAAUGGACAAGACGUUGGCAAGCUUUACACUCACACAAGAGCAGCUGUUUGAGGUGAAGAAGAGAAUGAGGAAGGAGAUGGAGUUGGGUUUACAGAAGAAAACUCAUGACACUGCCACUGUGAAAAUGUUACCAACCUUUGUUCGUAGCACCCCAGAUGGGACAGAAAAUGGGGAUUUUGUGGCCCUUGAUCUUGGAGGAACCAACUUCCGUGUUCUACUUGUAAAAAUCCGUAGUGGCAAAAGGCGAACAGUUGAAAUGCACAACAAAAUCUACGCUAUUCCUCUGGAGAUCAUGCAAGGAACAGGUGAAGAGCUGUUUGACCACAUCGUUCACUGCAUCUCUGACUUCCUUGACUACAUGGGCAUGAAGGGAGCACGGCUUCCUCUUGGCUUCACAUUUUCUUUCCCCUGUGAGCAGAGGAGUUUAGAUGAGGGUAUUCUUCUUAAAUGGACGAAAGGCUUUAAGGCAACAGAUUGUGAGGGAGAGGAUGUAGUUACGAUGCUCAGGGAUGCCAUUAAACGAAGAGAUGAGUUUGAGCUGGAUAUUGUAGCAAUUGUGAAUGACACGGUGGGCACGAUGAUGACAUGCGCAUAUGAAGAUCUACAGUGUGAAGUUGGAAUGAUUGUUGGGACUGGCAGCAACACCUGCUACAUGGAAGAGGCGAGGAACGUUGAGACCGUGGAGGGAGAUGAGGGGCUCAUGUGCGUGAACAUGGAGUGGGGAGCUUUCGGUGACAACGGGUGCCUUGAUGAUAUCAGGACGGAGUACGAUAAAGCAGUGGACGAUCUGUCAUUGAACCAAGGGAAACAAAAGUAUGAGAAGAUGAUCAGCGGGAUGUACCUGGGUGAGAUUGUGCGAAAUGUGGUUACCGAUUUCACCAGACGAGGAUUCCUGUUCAGGGGGCAAAUCUCGGAGAGACUGAAGACAAGAAGCAUCUUUGAAACCAAGUUUCUUUCCCAGAUAGAAAGUGACUGCCUGGCUCUGCUGCAGGUCCGUGCAAUCCUCCAGAACCUCGGCCUCGACAGCACUUGUGACGACAGUAUCAUCGUGAAGGAGGUGUGUGGUGUUGUUUCUAAGAGAGCUGCCCAGCUCUGUGGCGCAGGGAUGGCUGCGGUCGUUGACAAAAUAAGGGAGAACCGGGGCUUGGACCACCUGGAGAUCACUGUCGGCGUUGAUGGAACUCUCUACAAGCUUCAUCCACACUUUUCAAAGAUCAUGCACAAAACAGUAAAGGAACUGGCUCCGAAAUGCAAUGUGACGUUCCUGUUAUCGGAAGACGGCAGUGGGAAGGGAGCUGCCCUUAUAACGGCGGUGGCAUGCAGACUUCGCGAAUUGGGGCAGUAGGACCUGUUGCAGGAAGCACCAAGUCCUAUGGCUGGAGUAGUAUUACAUAUCCCUUACGCCUCUCUUACUAAAAGAGCUAUGGCUUGAUGAUCAGGGUGAGGUAUUUUACAAGUAUGUUGCGCUAAGUUCGGCAUAGAUAAGCAUCCCAAAAAAAAAUUGAAAUACCCUAAAGACUAGCAACAACGUACUUGUUAAUUCAAGGCUGCUGGAUUUGCAAAAGUCCCAAUUUAAAAUGAUCACUGUGUUCAGUAUCAACUUAAAUUUCAAUGUCACCUUCGCAUUUAAAGUGUCUGUCCAUUGAGUUCUCUGAGAGCUGUUGAAGGAUUAAAACCAGAAUCCAGUUCCAGAUAACCGACUUUGUUAUAGUCAUACAGCGUUCUGAGCAGCAAAGGAUUCCUGCUUCACUGUUGUCCACUAUGUAAUUCUGUGUAGUGCUGUGGCGUGUCUUCACAAAGGUAUGUCUAUAUAUUUGGUAACUGAAAAUUUACCCAAUAAAUGCGAUCAAUUAUAGCAAUCUGAGAUGUAUUUUCAGAAAAAUUAGCUGGGUAUUGUGUUACACAUUACUUUCACCUUGUCUGGGUGAAUGCGUCAAGAUAAAUAAAGAUGCAUGCCUUACUGAU